ACACCGAGAGGGUAUGAAAAAAGGAAGGCGUUGAGCAGGAAAAAGCCUUAAUGCUGCUUCCCACUGGGUGGCAACGCAAGUCCAAGCUAGGCGAUCUCACCCAGUAGGCCUCGGUGAAUCCCCGGGGGCCAUGAAGGUGGUGCUCACAGCGCGGUCCUCGACCAGCAGCAGCAACUUCACCUGGAAACCCGUUAGAAUGCAAAUUACCUCGGCCCCACCCAGCCCUCCACGACCGGAAACUGUGGCGCUGGCACCUAGCUCGGUGCUUUAACGAGCCCUCCAGGUGCGCCGAGGCACGAAGAGCAACGAAUGGAGGAGCGGAUUGGGGAAAGAAGGGCCUCUCCUUUAAGACGGAGCGGACGCCCCCCGCCGCCCCUUCCCGGGCCUCCUAACAGCCUGCAGCGGCCGGCGGCUCUCAGCCGCCGGGACCCCGGCGCCCGCGCCCAGAGUCAUGAACCGCAGCAGCACGAGCAGCGCGGCCGAGAAGGCGCCCACAGCCAUGCUCUGGGGCUGUGAGCUAAACCAGGAGAAGCGGACCUGGACCGUCAAACCCCAGAAGGAAGGGAAGCAGGACUGUAAGCUGUUGCUCAGUACGGUGGAACAGGGGUCCCCUCCGGUGUUGAGGUGGCCUGUCUUCAAACGCUCUCAGAUUUGCUUGGGGGAGAAAGCCAAAGAAGAGAUGAACCUCGUGGAAAUCCUGCCCCCAGCCAGCCAGGAAGACAAGAAGGCCAAGCCCAUCACCAUCGCCUCUCUUCAGGCCUCGGUGCUCCCCAUGGUCAUGAUGGGAUUGGAGCUUUCUCCUCCAGUCACUUUCCAGCUCCGGGCUGGCUCUGGACCCGUGUUCCUCAGUGGCCAGGAAUGUUAUGACACUUCAGACCUGUCCUGGGAGGAGGAGGAGGAGGACCUGGAGGAGGAGGAAGAGGAGGAAGAUGACAGCAAUGAUGAUGAUGAUGAUGACGAUGAUGAUGUUGAUGUAGAUGUGUCCCUAGAGGAGGAGACCCCUCUUAAACAAGUCAAGAGGCUAGCAUCCCAGAAGCAGACAGGUGUUGCCAAGGUGAGGGAAGGGACAACCCCCCACACAGGCUCCUCAGAAACCUGGGCCAGGCCUCCCGAGUUGAGUGUGAGUGUACAGAGGCCUGGGGUCCUGCCAGGUGCCCAGCAGGAGUCUGCUGGCCCUGGACCCUGCCCUAACUGUCCCCAUGCUGCUUGUGUUUGCUUCCCAGAAAAAAAAGGUGGAAAAAGAAGAGGAGGCAGUGAGGUAACUCUUUCCAUCUGUUAACGUGGCCAAAAUCUUACAGCUGAAGCCUAUAGGGUUAGAAAGGGUCUGGCGUGUGUGCAUGUUUGUGACCACACAGAUGUGCUGUCUCUGAUGGCCGGCACAGCCUUUUUUGGAAGGCAUCAAAGUAUUCUUAUCUUCUGACCUAAUUCCACUCAUGGUAACCCCUUCCCAAGUACCCCAUCCAAAAUACAGGUAAAAUCAUAUGCACUAAGAAACUGAUCCCUGCAUUAUUCAAGUAAUAGUGAAAAAUGGAAGCAUUCUAAGUGUCUACCAAUAUAGUAGAUUAAGCUGGGUCACAUUUUCCCAGUAGAAUGUGACAUAAUGCCUAUGAAGAAUAUAGCAUCCUGGAAAGUGUUUACAGAAUUUAAAAAGAACAGGAUCUUAAAUCAUUUUCAUGUUAUUUCACAUGUUUUUAGAAGAAAAAGCAAAAAGUCCUGCAAGGAAACACAUCAAAAUGUUAAUACCGGUGGGAGGUAAAGAAACAAGUGAUUUCUAUUUGCUAUAUUUUGUGCAAUGUAGUUAAAUAUUACUUUUAUAAUGAAAGAGACCUAUUUGUGAUAAAUAAAAGAAAGCAGGUGGAAGUCUAACAAGAAAACACCUCUUGUUAAAAUAAGAGAGAGUCAGAAUGGUCCCAGCAGGUGACGGGGUGGAGAGGUGAAUUCUGCAGCCUCCCAGCUCUCCAUAUCACAGCCCCUGGCUUUCCUGGAAGUGGCCAGGGCCCUGCAUUGCAGUGUAGGCAUUAGGAGGUUCUGGGCUACUGGUGUCCUGCUGAGCUCUCUCUCUUUCUCACCCUCAUCCCUUCUCCUGGCCUCCCCACCCUAUUCCAGACCCAGCCUUAAAGACAAGAGUCCUGUGAAAAAGGUGAGUACCAGGAGAAGGGGCUGGUCCUCCUGGGGGCAGAGGGAGGGAGUGGGACUCUGGUGCCCUCCCUUCUCUCCAUAGGCCAAACCCACACUCAAACCUAAAAAG